AUGCCUGUGAAAUGGCCCGCGCUUCGCUCCUUGGCCCAAAGUCGCACGGGCUUUCAGCUCGACGAUGCGGCACGCGCUUUGGCCCUGACAUCGAGCACUGUCAACAGUUUUAGUCAGCAGGUGCUGGGGAAGCUUCCAGGCAUCGUGGGCUCUGCAGCUUUGGAAAUAGCGAAGGCUGGCAACUCACUCGUCCAGCAGGCCCAAGGACGAAAGAUACCGCAAGCAGAGGAUGCCGGCAUUAGGAGCCAAGCACGAGAAGCCGUUGUGUCGAGUGCUGUCUCUACAGCAGAGGCUGCGAAUGAUGUGUUUUCAGCCUUGGGAUUGCAAGUCCGGAUUCUUCACCCAAGCCUGCCCAACUCGCAGACUCGUGUCAAGAUCUCUCGAGGUCGUGUUCCAGAUGCUGGAAACACCGACACAGAACAAAGCCGUAUGACGCCACGUCAAUUUGUUCAGUUCAUGCGGCAAGCUCGGCAGGAAGGGAGGGCAAGUGAGGGAGGCGACCAAAUCGAGAGGUACAUACAAGACAUGUCCAAUGCUGGGCGACUUCAGAUGAUUCCUCUUCUGUCUUAUAGCUUUCAGCACAAGCUGUACGUGGACAUUGCCCGCCUGCUGGUCUUCGCUUUCCAGAGAUGCCUGAUGACACUGAACGAUGCAUCUGUCUGGGGCCACACAUUGCAAGUGACUUCGAAAGGGUAUUUGACGCGACAUCUUCCAACAGACCAACAGACCAGCAAGGUUGGCUCCGCUCAGUUAGAAGCUGUUGUUGAUAUGAUGCUCCUGUCGCAACGCUUUCACCUCCCCUGGCUUCCCCGCUCAACACAGCGCCGCCUCUAUAUCAAUUGCAUCAUGGUCGUCUUCCAGCUAGUUGAGGACCUUUUGGCUGGAGAUGGUGAAGAAAUCCAUUUCAUGGGCCACAAGGUCAAGUUCGAAUUGGAAGCUCAACCUCUCCAGUUGGUAAAGCAGAUGCUUCAGGAGAAUCCUGUGAAGCACUGCCAAAUCGACGAGGCUGUUCUGGCAGAGCUCGUCGAUGAGCUCCUCGCCGAUGAGGAGACCAACUUGGUCUGGAUGCCGGAUUGCAUCGAGAGCCAAUUGUACCAGAAUGUGAUGAGGCUGUUGAUUCGGAUGGCUGAACAUGUAGUCAGUGGGCUGAAGCUCAGCAUCCUGGGCCGAAAGAUUGAGAUGUCCAUUCUGUCUACUAUGGACCUGAGGGCGCAUGAGGAGUUCGUCCGAGACAAGAGAGCAGAGGCCACCGUUUACUACGAGGAAGAGGAUCCUUUCCUCACGGUCUCAGCCACGGAACUUGAGGAGCGCUUGAAGGACUUGGAUGAGCAGCGCCGAGUCCUGAAAGCGCUUCAGGAGCUUGGCAGUGCGGACUUUGAUCUCACAGCGGAGGUGCCCAUGAUGAUGCAAGACGGUGCGAGUGUUCACGACCGCCAGCCCGACGGUCAGAAGGCCGACGUGCUAGCCAAGGAUGGGUCUCGAUGCACGCCUCUUGAGGAGUCUCAGGAAGUGCACGAAUUCCAACGGCUUGCGUACACCCUGAAGUUGGGCCGCCAUCUGAGUGUCACAUUUGACGUCGACGCCAAUAUCGAGGUGCCCCACUCCAUGAUAGCAGACUUGGAUUCCUAUGCGCUGUGGAUGCCGUGGUGCACUGCGGGAAGCGUUCAGCAGAGAAUUGCUCCACCGGUGACGGGUCCGAAUGAGGCACAGUUCAAGGAAGUUUGCUAUGGAAAUGUCACCUUCGGCUUUGAGACAGGCUCCUUCCUCGGGACUCUGGGAGACACGGUGGGCUACGAAGUGACAAUCUGCCAUCCGCAGCUGUCAGAUGGCCGCAAAACUGCUCGAGUUUGCGCCGAUGCCAAGCAAGGCUUCGCCUAUGGAAAGCGAUUGGCCUACGACUGGCGCUUCUGGGAGGUGGGGCCGUCGAAGACGAAAGUGGAACUGGACAUGCUUUUCCAGGCGCAGAGCGUCCUGUACAUGCCAGUUUGGGACAGCAUGCAGCACAUGGUCAUCAACAACAUGCUGAGCGCAUUUAAAGCUCAUGCAGAGAAGAUCUACGCCGAAAGGCGUGACAAGACGACAGUGCCCGAACAGCUGGAGAAACGGUUCAGAUUGACGAGGCUUCGCACCAUUUGA